UCCCCUAUCCAUCCCCUAUUCAUCCCCCAUUCAUCCAUCCCCCAUACAUCCAUCCAUCCAUCAACUUAUCCAUCUAUGCAACCACCCAUUAGGACAUCACAGGACAGAGAAACCAGAGAGGCUGGUAUACCUAGAAGGACUGUGGAGAGGAGCACCUUAGUGAGCCUCACAGCAUGGGGAAGAUGUGGGAUAUCAGAUGGCAGACCAGGUAAUGUGGUCACUGAGCGGCAUGGCAUAGGCAGGCAUGGAUAUGGAACAGGGUGUGGUGGGGGGCAUGCAGUAAAGAGCAGAUAACACAGUCAGGCCAGGAGGCUGGAGGAUGAGCAGAAUCCUAUUGUCAGGAACCUAAAACCAAGAAACUUAGGCUUGGUCUAAAGGUCAUUAGUGGGAAGGGGCUGGCAGUGAUGAGGGGCCACUCCUGGGCCCAACUUUGUCAGCCUGAGAGCAGUCUAGCUGCCCCACGCUACCGUCACCUGACACCUGCUUCCUACCUCUGGCCUCUACUUUGCAGGUGUGUAUCAGGUGUACACAGACCAGGUAGACGUCUGUGGAGAGGGCUGCAGGCCAGGCUGCAGGGAGGGGGUGCCAGGCAGGGCUAGAGCAACAAGGGCAGAGACCACACUGACCCGGGUCUUAAGGGUCCCCCAGGUUGGGGCUGGGUGGCCUAUGUGAACCCCAGAGGCACAGCCAGGACAUGGCGGCUCAUCCGAGGGGCAGUCUGAGCUCAGUGGGAAAGGCCUUCUCUGUCAGAGCUGUCCCAGGACCACUGGACAUGGCUGGGGAAGAGUGAGUUCCCCAGUGUUGGAGGUGUGCAAGCAGAGGGCAGGGUCAUCGUCCUCAGAACUCCCAGAUCCAGCUCCCGGCCUGCCUGCCAUGUUCCUGCCAGCUGCCUCCCCACUGGGCCCUGUACCGCCUUCCUGACUCACACGGCCAGUUCUGCCACCGCCCAGAAGCCGGUGCCCAAGGGGCUGGGUAUAAAUCCUUGAUGUGAGGCUGGCUGUCUCUCGUUGCUCCUGACCACGGAGCAAUGGCCUCUCGCUGGGCUGUGCAGCUGCUGCUCGUGGCAGCCUGGAGCAUGGGCUGCGGUGAGGCCCUCAAGUGCUACACCUGCGAGCAGCCCAUGGUCAGUGCUUCCUGCAAGACCAUUACCUACUGCAAGCCGGAGGACACAGCCUGCAUGACCACGCUGGUGGCGGUGGAGGCAGAGUUCCCCUUCAACCAGAGCCCCGUGGUGACCCGCUCCUGCUCCCGCUCCUGUAUGGCCACCGACCCCGACAGCAUCGGGGCCGCCCACCUGAUCUACUGCUGCUUCCGAGACCUCUGCAACUCGGAACUCUGAACCGAGGGCGACAGGGUGGAAGGUGCUCCUCAGGCACCUCCUCUCUGACGGGGCCUGGCUCCACCUGUGGUCACCUCCUGCUGCCGGGGCACAGCUCACUCAUGGGGUCUGAGGGGAGAGAACUACACCAGGGGCACCCUCUGCCUUCCAUAUCCCACACUUAUAAAACAUAAAUAAGCCAAGAGUGGAGAUGACUUUUGUCCUUCCUGGGCACUGACACCCUGCAGAGCUGGCCUUCAGGAGAGCCAGGCUGAGUGACAGCACAUUCUAGGCACCUGCUCCUCCCUAUCACCCAGAGCCUCUGUGACCCAUUUCACAGACAGGAAAAGAGAGACUUAGGGGGAGAAAUGCCUUCUGGGCCCUUUUCCUGAUGCAAACUAGCCUGGCAUCUCAGACCAAGACCUGUUCCCUAGCCCAGGGAACAUCUCCUCCCGCUAAGAAUCUCCCCUGCAGACACUGGAGGCGUCACUCCCACCCUAGAGUGGAAAGGAAGCUCAGAGUUGGAAUCCACUUUCCUCCCACGGUGGAUACAUCUGGCUCUGCCUGCGCGGCCCAGGGGGUCUGCCUGGGUGUGUGCACCUGGGCCUGCUGGUACCACACAGCUCCACGGUUUCAGUCACCUCCUCUGACAACUGCCCGCUGUCCCCUUGGGAUGGCUGAGGAGAUUAGAGGAGGAGGAGCCCAGGGUCCUCAGGACCCAGGACACCUGACUUGCAGGCUUGCUUCCCCCUCUGCCUGGCCCUGGCUGUCCCAUCACAGUCACAGUGCUCUGUGCCACUGUCACCACUGUCGGGAGGUGGGCAGAGCCAGCGGGGAGCACGGGCUGCUGUGGGCCUGAGCCACCCACAGACAUUGCCCCUCAUCAGACCCCAGUCCCCUGGUGUCCCCUGGGCUGCACACCUCCUAAGCGCUGCCCAGCUAGGUCUUAGGUUCUAAGGCCCCACACGCCAUCUGGGCCAUGCCCGUGGGGUCGUGCGGGCACCUGUGGCUGCUGGGGUGGGAGCAGUAUGCAGCAGGCAGUGGUCUGACCAGCUGGGCAUACCCGAGGCGCAUGCGGGAGUAACCAGGGCAGUGGCGGGGGUCGCCCAGGACCCCUGUGAGAGCUCACCUCUCUCUACGAAGGGCCCAGAUGUCAGAACCUACCCCUACCUCUACGCCCUCCCAGAAAUACCAGGAAUUACAUGCUCUCCCUGGGCAGCAGCCCCGACCAGAGAAAGCUGCCAGAGAGGCCCCCUUGAAAGGCUCCCCGGGGCCUCCCCGCUAGCCAGCACGGGGCCUGCGGUGUGGCUGCCCGUUAGGGCACGUCCCCUGGGUCAUAGCCGGACCUCCAAGGGCCUCACCAGGGCCUGGAUUGGAGCCAAGGGGCCAGGGCCUUGACCUCACCAGGUGGACCAAGCAAGAAGUCGCCGCAUCUCUGACGGCGUCCCCAGCGGCGCAAUGGGGUGAGGCCUCCAGGCUCUUUCGGAGCGCAGUGGGGAAGGCUCAGCGGUGCCCCCAUCCCUGGGAAGGCACCUACGGGGCCCCCC